UCUGUUUAUUACUGUUAUUUGUUUAUUUCUUGCAGAACAAUAUUAAUAAAUCAACUAUGUGUUCUGUACCAGUAAUAGCUGAAGCAGUCCAGGAUCGUCUGCAAGUUGCAGCCAUUGACUUUGGAACAACUUACUCUGGAUACGCCUUCUCAUUUCUAGGUGACUUCAAAGAGGACCCUUUGAAGAUUAUCACCAACAAUUGGUUGGUCAGUUCUUCAAGCGCUGUAUCCCUGAAAACACCAUCAUGUAUCUUAUUUGACCCAGAGGGAAACUUCCAUAGUUUUGGAUUUGAGGCUGAAGACAAAUACGCUGACCUUGCAGCAGAUGAAAAUCAUUUCAAAUGGUUUUAUUUCAAACGAUUUAAAAUGCUCUUGUACGAACAAAAGAAGUUGACAAGAGAUAUAAAGCUAAAAGAUGACAAAGGACUAACACUAUCAGCAAUGAAAGUAUUCAGCGAGGGGAUACGUUAUCUUAAAGAUCAUCUUAUCAUGACGAGCGAAGAAAAGGGUGUUGGACUACGAUUUGAGGAAGUCCACUGGGUGCUGACUGUACCAGCCAUUUGGAACGACUCCGCCAAACAGUUCAUGAGAGAAGCGGCAAUAGAGGCUGGGAUUGAUACAAAACACUUAUCAUUAGCACUUGAACCUGAAGCUGCUAGUUUAUUCUGUAAAUAUCUUCCUGUAGAGAAAGUUGAGGGAAAUGACGGAGAAAGCAGAAUAUCUAGCUUUGCCCCGGGCAAGAAAUACCUCGUCCUUGAUGCCGGUGGUGGAACUGUAGAUAUAACCGUACACGAGACUCAGCCAGAUGGUACUAUAAGAGAAUUGUACAAAGCCAAUGGUGGACCGUGGGGAGGAACUAAAAUUGAUGAAGCUUUUCAAGCUUUCCUCGAAGACGUGGCGGGAGUAGACACCAUGGAAAUAUUUAUGAAGGACCACAAGGAGGAUUAUCUAAGCUUAUUCCGAGAGUUUGAGAUUAAAAAGAAAACAUUUGGUUCUGAUCUACAUGCUGGACAAAGAAUAACAUUCAGACUACCGGUGACGAUUCAUGAAACUUAUCGUAUUGCUAGAGGAGGGGAUUUCAGACGUAGCUUGAUGAUGAAGCAAGAUCUCCAAGACCAGAUAACAUUCACCGGAGAUAAGUUACGUGUUCAGCCGAGGCAAGUUGAACAAAUGUUCGAAAAGACCUGCGAUAAAAUUGUCAGUCAUCUCAAGGACAUAUUUAGCAAGCCUCAGGUCAGUGGUACUGAAGCUAUUUUGAUGGUCGGUGGAUUCUCUGAAUCGAUGAUGCUACAGCGUUACAUAAGAGACAACUUCCCCGGAAUGAGGAUAAUAAUACCGGAAGAUGCGGGACUAGCUGUUCUGAAAGGGGCGGUUAUCUUUGGUCAUAAUCCUAAGGCCAUCGUUUCCAGGGCAGCAAAGUAUACGUAUGGCAUUCGUAUGUAUAAGACUUUCGAUCGAAAUAUUCAUCCUGAAUCGAAGAAAGUUAUUUUAGAUGGUGUAGAGAAAUGUGAUUAUUGUUUUGAUAUACAUGUUACAGAAGGACAGGAAGUACAGAUUGGCGAGGAGUUUGGGGAAAAAUCAUACGUUCCAUCUACAAGAUCUCAAACAAAGAUUGCACUUAAUGUUUACACCUCAGAUAAAACGAACCCGUUGUUUGUUGAUGAAAGUGGGUGUACAAAUAUUGGAAAGUUAGAUGUAGACAUGUCUGAUAUCGAAAAGUAUGAGGACCGCAACAUUCUGGUGAAGAUGAAAUACGGGGACACGGAACUUGGUGUUGAGGCCAAAAUUGUUAAAACAAGCCAAAUUUUAAAGGCAUCUUUAAACUUCUUAGGCUAAGCAUCUCGUUAAUAGAAACUCGGUCUUUGCAAACUUUAAAUUUAUCAGUAGAUCGAUAAUCCCGAUCAUUUUCAUGGUAUUCUAUUUAUAGAUUAGAACAAUAUUUUAAAUAUACUUGUUUGUGUCUGUUGUACUUAAAACACACAUUUUUAAACUUAUAUUAUGAUCAAGUUUAUAAAGACCCGGUGUUUAUGUGUGUUUAAAGUGACAUUAUGCCCAUCCAACCGUAAAUAGUCAGUGAACAAGUCAAUAUAAAAAUAACUUGACAUUUUGCCAUAAUUGUUUUGUUUGAUUGCGUUUUACGUCACACCGACACAGUAUAGGUAAUUUGGCGACGUUCUAGCUUUACUGGUGUAGGAAGACAUCAAAUGCCCUUCGUGAAUUAUUUCAGACACGAACGGGCACCUGGGUAGAACCACCGACGUUCCAUAAGCUAGCUGGAUAGCUUCCUCACAUGAAAGAAUCCAAAGUCCCUGUCGGGAUUCGAACCCACAGCGGUGAGGGGCAUUUUUUUGCCAUAAUUGUAUUCAAUUUUAUAUUUAACAAUGAAAAAAUAAUAAUCCACGUGAAGAAGAGAAAUGUCUGUAAAUAUUUUUCAGAAUUUAUUUAUUGGUAAUGCUCAUUUCUGACAUUGUAUCAUAAACAUUUUUCGUAAUCAAUUAUUGGUCAUUCUCCAUGAUAAUUGCCAAUCUUUUGUUUUGAAUUACAAAUUCAACUUGACUUGACAGUGAAAAAAAUAAGCAUCCUGUCACUUAAGAAACGUGUUCACAAUUACCAGUAUAAUCGAGUUUAGAAUACAUGUAUCUAAUACGGUAAAUGGGAGGUAAUCGGUAUCAAAACUAAGAGAAAACUUCAUAAAAUACAUGUAUUAAAACUGGUUAUCUGAUACGCUUGUAUACUUUAUAUAUGUAUGCUUGCAUUGUUAUCGUUUCACUUGUUUAAAAUGUGAUAAAUGCCCUUUUUCGACGAUAUUCUUUGCUUAUAUAGAUAUUCAUUGACAGUACUGAUUUACUUUAAAUGAUGAAUUUUACUAUAGUCCAAAUUGAUGUCAUUCCAAAUUGUAUUAUUUAAGAUUGUUACACCAUAUCUUUACUUAUGUAAUAUGAAUGAU